CACCACCAUCCCGCCGGCGACUUCACGCACGUAUAUACAUCUUCCUUCGCAACUCCAUUGAUCGAGCCGCCAUCGCCAUGGACGAGGUCACCCGCUUUCUCAAGCAUGACCCGACCGUCCCGACCGCUGAGCAACAGCAGCAGGCUCCAGCGGUUCACGUCGACGUCCAGUCGGCGAUGCAACUCGAACUCCAGCAGGCGCCUCCCAUGGUCAGCGUGCAGCACCCUCAACCGGAGGCACCGCCGAUGCCACUCCGUGAUCAACAGAUGCUUGUCGAAUCGCCGGCGACGAUGUUCCUCCAUCCUGGCGACCACAUGGUCAACGAGUUGAUGCCGGCAGUGCAACAAAGGCUUGGCGAAUCAACGGUAACAGUGCCACCAACUCUUGUCGACCAGGACCAGCACAUGGUGGGCGAGUCGCCGUCGGCGAUGCCACCCCCUCACCAGCAGAUGCUGGGCGACACGCCGGUCACGAUGCCACGACAUCCUCACUAUCACAUGAUCUGUGAGUUGCUGCCGGUAUUGGAACAAAGGCUUGGCGAGUCGCCCGCUGCAAUGCCACAACCUGACGGACAUGGCCAGCACGUGAUGGGGGCGCCGGCGAGGACGCUACUCCAGCACCAGACGAUGAUGGUGGAUCAUCCGCCGGUGGCCUACGGAUUCACAGACCUGGACGAAGAUCUGGGUAUCUAUGGGCUUUUUCUGGAAAACGAAUAUCACAUGCCUGGCGGCAAUGGCGUCACCGGCAUGCCGGAACCGCCCGCGGUGCCUUCAGCAGUCGUGCCGCUGGCACCAGCGCCAGAGCAAGCAUCAUGCCAAGACUGUCAAGUCGUCCAACUGGUCAGGAGCCACAACGCGGCGAUGGGAAAGGUGACGACCUUGUCCCUACACCGUGCGUCCGACGGAACAUACAUGCACACAGUCCUCGAAACCACCGGCACCGGCGAUCAAGGGCCGAACUACGGCAGCCAACUAAUACACGAGAGCCUGCGUGACAGCGCGCCUGAGGAGGUGCCUAAGAUUGUUGAGUCCUGUAUCCGGAUGAUGAGGGACAUAGUAGGCCCGGUGGAGGACGUCAUCACCGUCGAUGGCAAAGCAGAUGCAGAGGCAGAGGCGAGCUCUAGCAUGGUCGGUGCUCCUCCGACCGAUACAGCCGGCCCGUCCAGGGCUCCUGAUCAGAGGGACACGCUGCAGGCUGCACCGGUUGCGCCACCGCCGCCGCCGACCCACAGGCGGUGGCCGCAGCAGCCAGAGAGGGUGUUAAGUCCGGCGGAGCAAGAGGACGAGGAGACCCGGCAGUACCUACGUCGCGCCCGAGAGCGGGCUGAGAAGGAGAUGAGCUCAUUGCCGCUCGCACUCAAGCGCUUUUGCCGCGACGUAAAAAAUCCAGACAAUCGCAACCCGAUGCUACACCGGAUCAAAAAACUUAAUAAAAAGAUCAAAGACACCGAGAAGGAAGCCUGGCGUGUGGGGAACGAAUUGACCAAGAUCAGAAGGCUUGUGGACGAUUUCGUGACAGAGAAAACACGGUUGUAUGCUACUCUUACAGAGCUGAUGGAGAAGGAGGCCCGACGGGCGCCAGCUGACCAAACGGCAACGUAUAGGAGCCCGGUAUACGCGUCGUACCCGCGUCCCACCCGCUGCGACGUGGCGUCGCCACGCCGGUCUGACCGCGGUCAAUCCGUCGGUUCCCGAGACCGCGGCAUUAAUUCCGCGCUGCGUCGUCAGUUCACGUCGGUUCCCGACGCCGCCGCCAUUAAUCCCGUGCUACGUCGCCAGUCCGCGUCGGUUCCCGAAGCCGCCGCCAUUAACCACCGCAUCGCCAGCUCGCCGCGUCGGUUCCCGAAAGACGACAUUAAUCACCGCGUCAGCGUCGUCCGAUGCCGCCGUUAG